AUGCAACUCACCAACUUCCUCGCCGCAGCCGCCACCGCGCUCCUCUGCACCACCGCGCGCGCCAACGCCGUGCCCUGCAACGGCCGCGACAUCUGGGCGUACCCCGGCGACUGCCACGCAUUCUACCAGUGCGGUGCCGGCAACGUCGGCGUGUUCAUGACGUGCGGCAACGACCGCGCCUUCCAUCCCGAGCUGCGGACUUGUGGGCCGAUUACGCCGGAACUUUGUCGUUGGUUUAAUGGAGGGUUUGACUCUAACUAG